CUUCUUGGAGAAAGACGGCUCGAGAGAGAGCUUUCCGAUUGCGAUCCCAUCAACGGCCGCCGACCGCCGCUGGUUUUCUUUCUUCUCGCCCAAGCCGCGCCGCCGGCGCGGUCCUUUGUAAAGGCCUCGCGGCACGGGAGCGGCCUGCGCUCCCUCUCUCUGGAUUAGGCAAAGCAUCCUCCUGUUUGGAUCGGCAUGGAGAAGACGACGACGACGGCGCAGCCGGUCUGCGCGCAGGAGUCGCUGGCUCUGCUCAACUGCGUCGCCUCGGUCCCCUACGACCGGGAUAGGUGCCUCGCCCUCGUCGACGCCCUCCGUGAAUGCAUCGUGCGCAAGAGGGUGAAGAAGUUUUCGCUGGCAGAACCAAGCUCCACCACAACCACCGAAGCUCUGAAGAGCGAUACGAAGCCCUGAGCAUUCUGCAAAGAAAACUGUAUCAUCUGAUUGGGCGCGGUUGAUGAUAAGUCUAUGCCUGUUAAUGUAGCGUUAGAUUUGUACUUUUGAACCCAUGCCAGAUGUACUUGUGCCAGAAAUCACCAAUCUGUUGAACUGAAAACGUUACCCGAUGUCCACACAAAUGAUACAGUCCAUGAUGCCAUUUCGAUAAGAAAGGCACCAUCCAUCCAAGGUUUUCUAACAUUUUGCUGCGCUGUUGCUUGACCGAUGAAUGUUAUGCUGGCCCAAUGCAAUGCAACUCAGAUUUGCAUC